AUGGAGAUCCACGUGGAUGCCGCUGAUGGCUUUGCCGUGCCCAAGGACACCUUUGUCUCCAUCCGCAUUGGCGACGUUCAGAAGCAGUCCCGUUUCGGCCCUGCGAAGACCUUCCGAUUCCCGCAGCAAGAGGACAACAGCGGCCUGGCCCGUAUCGAGGUUUUCCAUCGCGUCGGUCACCUCACCUUCGGACUGAACAAGCUAAGCCCGAACAACGAGAAGGAGAACAUGGAGAUCCCUGUGGAAAUGCCGGGGGUGAGCAGCCUCCCGAUCAAGCUCGGGCUCCAGAGCAAG